UGCGUGUUAAAAUAAUAUAAUUGACCAUUGUGGCUUCAGUAUGGGAUAUUGGGACUGUCGUUAUUGCGUUGAAUCCUAAUCCGUUUGUUGUUGAAAGUGCAGAACCGAUUUACGCUUUCUGUGUUUAACCCCUUAGCGUUCAGGGAGAACAGCGGUCAAGCAUUUUAGAAUUUUAGAAUGAUUGCCGUCAUUUUUAUACUUGAGUUAAGUCGGUUGACUACGCUGGUAAGGUGGCAACAGGAAGGAAUAAGGUGUUCCGGUGAUUGCAGUCGUUUUGAGCCACGCAUGCGAGCCUUUGAGAGCGAUGAGAUGUGUGCGUCGGUCCCUUUAAAGCGCAUGCUGACUAGCGGGCUGGCGAACGGUCCAGGAUAUCGUAGAGGAAGAGAUCGAAACACAAAGGGAUUUUCAGAGCUGCGACUAUGGGCGUCAAAUUAUACUACACCACCGUCACCGCUUCAAGGGAGGUGAAGUCCCAGCAGGCUGAGGUCAUGCGCAUCCUGGACAGCAAAAGCAUCCAGUAUGAGCUGAUUGACAUUUCUGUGGGCGGGGCCGUGCGGGAGGAGAUGAGGUCCAAGGCAGGGAAGCCCACCGCCGUGCCCCCUCAGCUUUUCAACGAUGACCAAUACUGUGGGGACUACCAGAUGUUCUCUGAAGCUGUGGAGGAAGACACCGUGGAGCAGUUUCUGAAGCUGGCAUGAGCACCCCAACCCCUGUCCCCCACCUCACACCCCCAUACCGCACCUCUCUCUCUGCCCCAACCACAGGAUAAAUGCCAAAAACAAGACAUCCCCCCAGCGCUGAACCCUAUCACCCUAAACCCCCUGACCCCAACCUUACUCUAACUCUGAAAUCAAAUCCCUGACCUGUAACCUGACCCCUGACCCCUGAACUGGACCCUGCUCAUCAGUAUUACUGUAUUUUGGUUUAGUGUCACUGUGCCUGACUGUCUUGGCCCAAUUCCCAUUCAGGAACUGGAAAAGGAUCCUGUUUGUGUGGGAUGCAGGAGAGACAGAGCGAACCCCAUUCUCUCUCUCUCUCCCUCCCUUCCCUCUGCUGCCCCCCCUUCUUCUCUCUGCUCCGAGCCUCUCUAAUUCACCUGACUCUGGGCUGGCUCAGUACUGGGCGAUGAGCAUGGCCAUUAGGAGAAUCUCAGCAGGGACUGUGUGUUUGUGUCUGACAGAUUCCCACAGCACUCACAGGUCACACGCAUUCUGGGAAAUGUUAGCAUAAAUCCAGGGUUUUACUGCAGAACGGAGACUCUAAGCCUGUAAUGGAGGGGCAGCGGCUCGUCAGUGAGCUGCUGAGUGGUCUGUGCUGUCUGCAGUCAUGUGAUCUACAGUCUUACGGAGCUGGGAACUCUGGGAACUCUUCAGUUGAGAGGGAGGGGGGCGGAUGGAGGGGUCAGAUCACUUAGCCACAGUUCUGCCCCCUACGCAGAUAAGUGGGGCAGCCCCGUAUGUCCCUGCUGAAUGUGGAGAGCACACGCUUAGCAUUCCACCCCAAUACCAUGAAUUUUCCUAAAUAAAACAUUUGAAAAGUAGCACUUAUAUGGGAAUUACCUGAAGAGGUUUUUAGACCAGAUGGAGUGGCCCAGCUCCCUGUCCUUAACCCUGUCCCCCUGUCUGUCUGUGAAUCCCUCCUCAUCUCUCCAUACUAAGAUGCAGUAAAUCAGACUAUGCACUAAAACCUGCCACAUUCCCUGCUCUUUACUCCACAUCCUCCUCUGGCAGUUUGGGGGAGAGAUGAGCUUUUGAAUCUCCUCAUGCGAUGAACAUUUUUCUGCCUGCUUCCAAACCGCCCCCCCCAGAGCUAAAUUUGCAUUCCAUCAUCUUAUUGUGUGCUGGUUUAUGUCCUGAUGUGCAGUUCUCGGUCCAACAUGCUAACCCUGCUCCAUUUGUGUGUGGGACUUAGUUACCCCAGCCAAGAUUUUUAUGUCAAGGGCGUUACAUUUUGGAAAAAACAGGUGUUAGCAGAUAUUUCUGUAGUAGUGUAUCAUGAAGACGAAAACUUUCCUGUGUGCCACAAAACACAGUACUGCAUUUCCCCAGUACAGCAGGAACCAGGCCAGCAGGAAGUGGGAUCAGGGCAGCAGAAAGUAGGACCAGACCUGCAGGAAGUGGGAUCAGGGCAGCAGAAAGUAGGACCAGACCUGCAGGAAGUGGGAUCAGGCCAGCACAUCAACACAGCCCCUUUGGGCUCACACAGGCCUGCACAUCAACAGAGAUUACAGAGAAACUCCCUAGGACAUGGACUAAAGAAAGGGCCAUAAUGAGCCAGCCUGGUUCAGCUCUACAGUGGGAAAGGGUUUUAAAUGAAAGAGCCUAUUCAUCAAACCAGUUGAUUUUUAUUUCCCCCCCACAUACAGUAUUAGUGUCUAUGUUGUGGAAGAAUUGUGAAUUCAUCAUUCAGUAGUAGAGCAUUCAGCGUCCAGCUCCUGACCGGACAAAUGACCAGCGAGUGCAGAACAGAAAUAUAAAUGCACUGGGAGCAGCUGUAACAUUGAGAGAGCACUACUUUAAUGUUACUGUAACAUUGAGAGCGCUAUUUUAACGUUACUGUAACAUUGAGAGAGCGCUAUUUUAACAUUACUGUAACAUUGAGAGAGCGCUGCUUUAACGUUACUGUAACAUUGAGAGAGUGCUAUUUUAACAUUACUGUAACAUUGAGAGAGCGCUGCUGUAACGUUACUGUAACAUUGAGAGAACGCUACUUUAACGUUACUGUAACAUUGAGAGAACGCUACUUUAACGUUACUGUAACAUUGAGAGAACGCUACUUUAACGUUACUGUAACAUUGAGAGAGCGCUAUUUUAACAUUACUGUAACAUUGAGAGAGCGCUAUUUUAACAUUACUGUAACAUUGAGAGAACGCUACUUUAACGUUACUGUAACAUUGAGAGAGCGCUACUUUAACGUUACUGUAACAUUGAGAGAGCGCUGUAUUAACAUUACUGUAACAUUGAGAGAACGCUACUUUAACGUUACUGUAACAUUGAGAGAGCGCUAUUUUAACAUUACUGUAACAUUGAGAGAGCGCUGUAUUAACGUUACUGUAACAUUGAGAGAGCGCUGCUUUAACGUUACUGUAACAUUGAGAGAACGCUACUUUAACGUUACUGUAACAUUGAGAGAACGCUACUUUAACGUUACUGUAACAUACUUGUGUACCUGUACCUCGCCCUAACACUCUGACCAAAUGCGACAUUCCAUUUUUACUGCUUUGCCUUUGGACCACUGCCCUUUAUGGCCAAAAAAAAAUCUGUUGUCUUCCAAGAAGAUAAUAAAUAGCUGGUGAAAUUA